AUGGACUCGUACGUGGUGAGCUGUAAAUAUGCUGAGCCGCAGUUCCCGCCUUGCGAGGAAGAUUACAGUAAUUUUAGUGAUCAAGGGGGGUAUUACCACAACAACAACAACAACAACGAUCCCCAGGACGGUUAUGGAGGGGGCUUCCAGGCCCUGCCGACCCCGUACGCGCCGCAUCAUCCCGGCUACGGGCUCUCCGCGCAGGCACAGGACGCAGAGGAGCUGCCGGCGCACCGGGCCGCCACUUUCCCCGGCUACCCGGAUUCAGAGGGGAAAGAAGACGAGCGGUUUCCUCCGGGUAAUCUGCAGUGCCAGGCGUGGAUGACCUGCGCCAAGACGGCUCAGGUGCAGAGGAGGAGCGGCUGCCAGCCCAAAGACAAGCCGCCCAUAGUGGUCUACCCCUGGAUGAAGAAAGUGCACGUCGCCCACGUAAACCCAAACCACGUGGGUCCGGAACCGAAGCGUCUCCGCACGGCCUACACGCGACAGCAGGUCCUGGAGCUGGAGAAGGAGUUUCACUUCAGCCGCUAUUUGACGCGCCGCCGCCGUGUCGAGGUGGCGCAUGCGCUGUGCUUGUCCGAGCGGCAGGUGAAGGUUUGGUUCCAGAACCGCCGCAUGCGCUGGAAGAAGGACAACAAGCUGCCCAACACCAAAGGACGGAGCAAAAACAAGAAACCGACGGACAACAACAGCAGCAGCAGCAGCAGCGGGGAUGACGUCAGCAUCACGGCAACGAUCUAAAUCAAAAUUGUUUUUUGCUCAAGGAUCCAGGAUUUCUCCUCACACAACCCCUUUAUGUGUUAAGAGUCGUCCAAUAUAUUAGCCCUAUAUUAUGAUUUAAGUCCAGUAUUUCUGUAUAUUUUAAGUACUUCAUCAAGUUGCCAAAUAGCAAAAGCGUGCUUUUAUUUUGGAGAAAACAGGGUUUUGAUUUCAACAGGGUAAAUACAAAUGCAGGGUUUAUGUAAGAAUGCCUGAUUUAUAUGCACAUUGCCAAAACGUUCCCAGAGCAGCGCUUAAGUUUUGCUCAUCAACAACAAACCAUUUCCUCAACAACAGCCAGCUUUUAUUUUCUGCAUCCAAAACGGCUAGAUGAGGAUGAGCAGCCAUAUAUUAUUGUGAAUAUAUUAUGACUUUUUUUUACACAAAGGCAAAAUGGGAGCGGUGAGAAAGUGAAACCUGAAUUAGACACGUACUGUAAAUUCAUCUUUGUCUCAGGGUUACAGGGUUUUGUACGGAAUGUUCAUCCGGGAGGGUUUUUGAUAACAAUUAAUGAUAAUAAAAUAUAAGCCUUCGGAAUUAUCCUCAUGUCCAUUGCUCUCGUUGUUUCCAGCCUAUAUGCUAUUACCAGUACUUAUCUUAUGUUUUGUUUAAGAUUUUGGGGCAUAUUUUAU